AUGGCGGAGCCGGUGGAGUGCGGGGUUUGCGGGGUGAAAGUCAUGUGUCGGUUCAGACCUCUGAACGAUGCGGAGCGGACCAGAGGAGACAAAUACAUCCCCAAAUUUAACGGAGAGGACACGGUGGUGGUGGCGCAGGGGAAGCCGUAUGUGUUUGACAGAGUCCUUCCUCCAAUCACAGAGCAGCUUCAGGUGUACGACACCUGCGCCAAGCAGAUCGUCAAAGAUGUGUUGGGAGGAUAUAAUGGGACGAUCUUUGCGUACGGUCAGACAUCAUCAGGGAAGACUCACACUAUGGAGGGGAAACUUCACGACCCUCAGCUGAUGGGAAUCAUCCCUCGCAUCGCCUCAGACAUCUUUGAUCACAUCUACUCGAUGGACGAGAACCUGGAGUUUCACAUCAAGGUGUCUUAUUUUGAAAUCUAUCUGGAUAAAAUCAGAGACCUGCUGGAUGUGUCAAAGACGAACCUCGCUGUCCACGAGGACAAGAACAGGGUUCCCUUUGUCAAGGGUUGUACGGAACGUUUUGUUUCCAGUCCUGAUGAGGUCAUGGACGUCAUCGACGAGGGAAAAGCGAACCGACAUGUCGCCGUUACCAACAUGAACGAGCACAGCUCUCGCAGUCACAGCAUCUUCCUGAUCAACAUUAAGCAGGAGAACGUUGAGACGGAGACCAAACUGUCGGGGAAGCUUUACCUGGUGGACCUGGCAGGAAGCGAGAAGGUGAGUAAGACGGGAGCUGAAGGCGCCGUGUUGGACGAAGCUAAGAACAUCAACAAGUCUCUGUCGGCUCUGGGAAACGUCAUCUCGGCCCUGAGCGAAGGAACGAAAACUCACGUCCCGUACAGAGACAGUAAGAUGACCCGGAUCCUGCAGGACUCUCUGGGAGGAAACUGUCGAACCACCAUCAUCAUCUGCUGCUCGCCGUCUGUUUACAACGAAGCUGAAACCAAAUCCACCCUGAUGUUUGGACAGAGGGCAAAGACCAUUAAGAACACAGUGUCAGUGAACCUGGAGCUGACGGCUGAGGAGUGGAAGAAGAAGUACGAGAAGGAGAAAGAGAAAACCAGGACUCAGAGCAUCGUCAUCCAGAAACUGGAGAACGAGCUGAAACGCUGGAGGAAAGGUGAGAGCGUACCUGUGGAGGAGCAGCUGAGCAGCAAAGCCAAGAAGAGCAGCAGUGAUGCGACCGUAGUGAUUGACAGCUUGGCCCCGCCCUCGGCCCCUCUGGCAGACGAGGAGAAGACGCAGUACGAGACGCUCAUCACGGACCUGUACCACCAGCUGGACGACAAGGAUGAAGAGAUCAACCACCAGAGUCAGACGGCCGAGACGCUGCAGCAGCAGCUCAUCGAUCAGGACGAGCUGAUGGCAGCGAGCCGUCAGGACUACCAGCGUGUGCAGGAGGAGGUGUCGCGGCUGCAGAGAGACAACGACUUGGCCAAAGAGGAGGUGAAGGAGGUGCUGCAGGCUCUGGAGGAGCUCGCCGUCAACUACGACCACAAGAGUCAGGAGGUGGAGAACAAGAACCGCUGCAACGGGCAGCUGAACGAGGAGCUGGCUCACAAAACCGUGAGUCUGGAGGCGGUUCAGAGGGAGUUGUCCCACCUGCAGGAGGUGAGCUCUCAUCAUAAGAGGAGAUCAGCAGAGAUCUUGGUUCUGCUGCUCAGAGACCUCGGAGACAUCGGCAGCGUCCUCGGCACCACGGAGCUCCGAGCCAUGACGGAGGCGAGCGGUGUGAUGGAGGACGAGUUCACCACAGCUCGUCUCUUCAUCACUAAGAUGAAGUCGGAGGUGAAAUCUUUGGUGAACCGCAGCAAACAGCUGGAGGUCAGUCUGACGGAGAACACCUGCAGGAUGGAGGCCAACGAGAAGGAGCUCGUCUCCUGUCAGCUCUCCAUCUCUCAGCACCAGGUGAAGAUCGGCUCUCUGACAGACGACCUGCUGAAGAUGGAGCAGAAGAAGAGACAGGUGGAGGAGAGUCAGGACGCUCUGAUGGAGGAAAUCGCUAAACUCCAGGCUCAAGGUCAGAUGAAAGAGGUGACGGUGAUGGACAAAGAGAAAGAACACAUGAGCAGACUGAAGGAUGCUGUGGAGAUGAAGAGAACUCUGGAGGAACAGAUGGAGAACCACAGAGAGGUGCAUCAGAAGCAUCUGUCCCGCCUCCGAGACGAGAUCGAGCAGAAGCAGCGAAUCAACGACCAGCUCAGAGAUGUGAAUGAAGCUCUGCAGCUGGAGCUCAGGAAGCUUCAGGCAGACGUCGACAAGCUGAGGAGUGACGAACAGAACAAGGAGCAGAAACUCCAGAAACUGCUGUUCUUGAGUGAGAAGAGAGAACAGGCCAAAGACGACCUGAAGGGUCUGGAGGAGACUGUGGCCAAGGAGCUUCAGACUCUGAACAACCUGAGAAAACUCUUCAUCGAGGAUCUGAGCACCCGAGUCCAGAACGGUGCGGAGGGCGACGGCGACGAGGCCGGCGGCAGUCUGGCUCAGAGACAGAGGAUCGUGUUCUUAGAGAACAACCUGGAGCAGCUCAGCAGGGUUCACAAACAGCUGGUCCGGGACAACGGAGACCUUCGCUGUGAGCUGCCGAAGCAGGAGAAACGUCUGAGAGCGACGGCAGAGCGAGUGAAAGCUCUGGAAGGAGCUCUGAGGGACGCCAAGGUGUCGGCCAUGAGGGACCGCAAGCGCUACCAACAGGAAGUGGACCGCAUCAAAGAAGUCGUCCGCUCCAAGAAUGUCUCCAGGAGAGGAAACUCCGCACAGAUAGCUAAGCCAAUCAGAGCUGGACAUCAAGUGGUCUCCUCCUCAGCGUCGGCCAGAGCCCCAAUCAGAGGAGGAGGGGCAGCGGCUCCCAUCAGAGGGGCGGCGGCCUCCAGUCCUCGUCAUCAUUCCCCCCGACAGCAACCUGCUCAGCACCAACGAGCUCAGCAGCACAGCAAGUAG